ACCGUUAUUUCCGGGUGUCUCCAAUGCAGGAAUCCUUUCCGUUUGAUGCUGCUUAUUGUGUAUUUAAAGAAAACUAAGAGCUCUGAGGUCACCAGAGGUUUUGAAAAUGAACAGAAUUUUUGGACGCGGAAAGCCCAAAGCGCCUCCUCCGAACCUUUCGGACUGUAUCAGCACUGUGGAUGCCAGGGCAGAGUCCAUUGAAAAGAAAAUAGGUAGGCUCGAUGCUGAGCUGCUGAAGUACAAAGAUCAGCUGAAAAAGAUGAGAGAAGGGCCCUCGAAGAAUAUGGUGAAACAGAAGGCCAUGAGAGUCCUAAAGCAGAAGAGAAUGUAUGAAGGUCAAAGGGAGCAGCUGGCCCAGCAGUCAUUCAAUAUGGAGCAGGCAAACUACACAAUCCAGACCUUGAAAGACACAAAAACUACAGUAGAGGCAAUGAAGAUCGGUGCAAAGGAAAUGAAGAAAGCUUACAAGGACGUCAAACUUGAUCAGAUUGACGAUUUACAAGACCAGCUGGAAGACAUGAUGGAGGAAGUCGGCGAGGUACAGGAGUCCCUGAGCCGCAGCUACGGCACUCCAGACAUCGACGAGGAGGAUCUUGAAGCAGAGCUGGAUGCCCUGGGGGAUGAGCUGCUGCUGGAUGAUGACACCUCCUACUUGGACGAAGCGUCGGCUGCUCCAUCUAUCCCAGAAGGAAUUCCUAGCGACAGCAAGACAAACAAGGAUGGGGUUUUGGUGGAUGAGUUCGGCCUGCCUCAGAUUCCUGCCACAUAAACAAAAAUGACACGAAGACAACUGCACUUCAACUGAAAACACUUUUUUAUGUAGAGUAACAUUUAUACAUUGGAUCUGAGAACACUACUAUUUUGAAGCUGCCCUGGUGUAUGAUUACUACUACCAUGUUAGCAUGUGGCCUUUAAAAUAAGUAUUCGCCAUCAUUUUCUAAUUGUCGUCCUAACCAACUUUUCAGUCUUAUUCAUGACUGUUAUUAUUAAUUUAUUUGGGCAUUUUGUUAGCUUUGUGUCUUGUUUAAGUCCUUACUGUUUUGUUUGAGAGCUCAAAGGUGGAGGUGAUUCCCACUGUCUGCCUGUUUAAAAUAUCUGCAAGGGUACUUUAAACAUGCAAAAUAAAUUAUGUCUUUUGGUAAUUAAUUGA